CGAACUUCUCAAGUCAAUUUAAAUAAUAAAAUAUGCUGCUAACUCACAUAAUGUAUGUAAGUAAUUGCAUUAGUUACUGCGACGUCCCUACGAAGUUGCAGUUUAUUUCUUUGCUAUUGUGGAUGUUUCCUAGGCAACAACGCCAAACAGACUUUCUCUGCAAGAGUCAAAACAUAGACCAUUAUUAGAGUGCUUAAGGAGUUUUGUCGUGAAAGCUUGAUCAAUGAACGGGGGAGACGUUCAGCAAAAAUUCCUUGGGGAGCGCGUGAGCGCGGUGGAGAAGCAAUUCAGCGAUUUGAGUCAAUCCCUUUCGGCGAUGAUGAGGAAGAGCGCCCGUCUUCGAGAUAAAACAGACGAGUUCGCCCAAAUGCUCCGCCUUCACGGUUUCGCCGAGAAGGUCUGCACAAAGUGGAGCCAGGGCUUCUUGAAUCUCUCCAACGCCCUAACUCUGUUGGCUGACGCUCGGGACAUGGAAGUGAAGCGACUGGAGAGAAAAUUGCUCCCGGACAUUGUCCAAUACGAUGCCAUUUGCAGAACUGUGAGGGAUGAAGUGAAGGUGUCCGGAGCCUUGCGCCAGAGAAGUUUUGCAGAUCCCAAGGUCAGUGACUUGGGAGAACUGGCUGAGUCUUUCGAGAAGCGUCGACUAAACGAUACUCGCCGGAUUUUUCUGGAGUUCCUAGCUAUCGAACUGGCGAUGCACGCUAAAUCCACUGAGGUACUCAGUGCAGUGUAUCAAGAUGUUAUGGAGAUUGACGAUGAGGCGAAUCUUGAGGAGUUCAGAGAGAAAAUGAAUAGCCAAGAACCUUCUGAGGGUGUUUUGCUACAGAAGAUUCGCUCCCAGUCGAUGGGGGCUCUAAACUAUUCAGCAAAGAGACAGACUCAACCAACUCUCGUUACUCCCAGAGAAUUGGUGACGGAUUCGGAAACUCUUAAGAGCGCCAGAAAGUCUGAGACUCUCAAUAAAGCUGCUUCUCUGGACGUUCUUCAGUGUAACGAGUCAAUUUUCGGCUCAGAAUCAGACUCAGGAACUUCAGAACAAGAGGAUGAAGUCACUGUUGAUCCCAGAUCUGAGAAAUUCAAGUCCAAAUUGGCCCAAUUGAUAAGAAAGCCCUAAGAAAGGUCAUU